UCUUGCUUCCCUCUCGUCCCCUUUGGGUAUUGGUGUCAUUCUCCGGCAGUCACCCAGGACCUUCUUGAGUCAGAGGAGGAAUGCCUAAAUCCAUGGGUAGAAUUUGUCAUUCGGUGGACCUUCCCACCUGUGAACUCCACAGACUUGGAGAGAUUGCAGACCUAGUGGCUUCUGUUCGCCUCUCACGCAUCCGUAAGCAAAAGCUAGCACUGGCCUUGAAGAAUGAAGGCUAUAUUCCAAAGCUGCUAGAGCUUUUCCAAGUCUGUGAGAGUGUAAAGAACACUGAAGGCUUGCACCUUCUGUUUGACAUUGUGAGAGGAAUUUUGUACCUGGACAAAGCCAUUCUCUUUGAGGUGAUGUUUUCUGAUGAGUGUAUUCUGGAUGUUGUUGGAUGCCUUGAAUAUGAUCCUUGUUUGGCUCAGCCAGGAUGGCACAGGGAAAUCUUGACCAAAACAGCAAAGCUUCAGGAGGUUAUUCCUAUCAGAGAUCCUGAACUCAGGCAAAAGAUCCGCCAGACGUCCCGGGCACAGUACAUUCACGCCAUCAUCAUGCCUAAUUCGUCGGAUUUUGAAGCAGAUUUUCUUUCUACUCUCAAUUCCUUCAUCAGCUCCAGCAAAGAGGAGAUUUUACAUGCAUUGCAGAAAGAUGAGGAAUUUUUGCCUGAAGUUUUUGCACAAUUAAAAAAUGAAGCUACAGCUGGUGAGCAACAAUGUGAAUUGAUGAAGUUUUUCAAGGAAUUCUGUGCCUUUUCUUUCACGGUACCUGAGAAAAGAGAUGAAUUUCUUCAAACUUUGGCAAAGUUGGGAUUUCUUCCAAUUCUUGAAAUGUUAAUGGGAAUGGAUAAUCAGCAAGUUAGAUCUGCUGCUACAGAUAUAUUGUCUUAUCUAGUAGAAUUUAGUCCAGCCACCAUCCAACAAUUUGUAAUGCAAGAGGCCCAGCAGAAUGAGAAUGAUACCCAACUCAUCACUGAGAUCAUUGAGCAGAUAAUCCGUUGUCCUGACCCUGAAUUUGGAGGAGAUAAUCAGUUAAUGGAGAUUUUGUGUGCCCUGAUUGAUCCAGAGAAAAUGCUGGCCAUAGCUAGUAAUUUAGAAGUAUUUGAAUUUCUCGAUAUCUUCUACGACCGUUACAUUCAUGUUCUCACAGCGCCGCUUCUGGCUGAUACAUCAGAAGAAUGGUAUAAAAUAGAUAAUUAUCAAACAGCAGAAAUACUAGCCUCAGUUUUGGAGCUGUUGUCUUUUUGUGUGGAGCAGCACAAGUAUCACAUGAAGAUUUUCAUUAUCAAGAAAGAUCUCCUAAGAAGAACACUGGUCUUGAUGAAAUCCAAACACAAAUUUCUGGCCUUGUGUGCUCUUCGCUUUAUGAGGAGAAUAAUUGGCCUGAAAGAUGAACUUUAUAACCAUUACAUCACUCUGGGAAACCUGUUUGAACCCGUUGUAAAUACUGUGUUGGACAACAGGAAUAAGUGCAACCUGCUCAAGUCUGCCUCGCUGGAGCUGUUUGAAUUCAUCCGAAAGGAGGAUAUUCAGUUCCUUAUUGCACAUAUAGUUGAGAACUUCUCUGAUGCACUGGAAUCUGUCAAAAGCAUUCACACAUUCCAGGGACUGAAGACAAAAUAUGAGCAAGAAAAAGACCGGCAAAACCAGAAACUGAACAGUGUCCCCUUCAUGUUGCCUGGUGAGACAUUUGUCAAAGAAGCAGUAGUCUCACAGGUGGAUGAAGAUGUGCAGUUCCGUGAAGGUGAAGAGAAGGCAGCUCCAACGUCACCAGCAAGCUCCAAAGGCUCCUCUCCAAUGUACACAACCCUGACCACAGUGGAGACAGCCCCCAAGAGAGGACUAUGUGAAAUAUUUGGUUAUCCUGAUGAUGAAGAUGAUGGGACAUCGCCAAAGAAAAGAGCUUGUCUGGAUUCCUAAAGGAAACUGAAAUUUUAAAAUAUGAACUUUUAUUAUGGGUUUUCCAGUGCUGCAACUGUUUAAUGUUAAAAUACGGAACCAGCUGCAAUCCAUCACAUAGAUCUCUCUUGUAAUAUAUGUUGUUAUAUAAUAAUUAUGUAAUGUAUGUUUAUAAUAUAAUAUAAUACAAUACAAUAUAAGUAAUAUAAUUAAUAUUACAAAAUAUAGUAGUAAUAUAUAGUAACAUAUGUUAGGUCCAUUUCUCAUGGAAUAGUUUUAUGUGAAGCCAUUUCUAUGUUUUAGAGAUUUAGUUAGUAUUUAGUUUAAGGUAGUGGCUAGUUUUAAUUGUAGCUCUUGUUUGGAAAAAAAUUGCUUUUUGCAUAGAUACAUAAGAUAGUUUGUUCCAUCAAACAAGCUUAUUUUCUAUUAAAGAUCCCAAUGUACUUGUUUUA